CCUUUGCAAGGAACUCGCAGUAAGAAAAAACACGAAGGGAAAACUUGCCACAGUGUCACUAAGCAAUUGCCUAGUCUCUUCGUUUAGCAUUGAAUCCGGCUGCGAUUUAACUGUUAAGAGCGAGAUUUGUAAAAAAAAAAAACACAUUUGGAGGUGACAAUGUAGAGAAGAAGCUUGCGAACUCAGGCUUCUGACAAGAGGGGGUCGAGAAGCGUGACAAGAGGGUGAGGAGACAGGAGAGAUAUAGUGGGGAAUAUAGAGAAACAAGACAGAUGUGGAUUUUUCCCUCCAGAUUUAGAAUCAACAUCACACGUUUAGAGUAACGUGUCUGCUCUACAAUUCCACUUGAUAAGUCACUUCGUUGAGCUGCUAUCAUUUGUGAUAGCCAGGUUGCUCUUGAAAAAGAGUUACACUGCUCAGUGGGGCCUUAAACCAGUGAAAUAAAAAAAUAUAGUUAAAAAGUAGUUGAAGAGAAAAAUAAUAUUACAGAGCCGUCAUAGGAGGUGAGAGGUGAGAAAGGAAUCGAAAGUCUGAGGGCGAGGAGUGAGGAGCUUCAUGACCAAGCGGAGGAGCUCGCCUGGGCUGGCGCUGAGAGGAACACUCCUACUGAUGGUGUAUUGUGCACUGCAGGAGCAGUCUGCCGCCAAGGAGUGUGGAGAUGGAUUCUACAAAUCACCAGAAGGAGUCUGUUGCCUGUUGUGCCCUGCAGGGACGUUCAAGGUGGUGGACUGCAUAGCUGACGGAAGGAAGGCUUUGUGUGAUCUGUGCUCUAAGGGCACUUAUAUGGACAGAGACAACCAGGAGGAGAAGUGCUUAUGGUGCAGCAGCUGUGGUUCAGGCGAGGAGGUGGCUGUGAACUGCUCCGUGGCCCAGGACACGGUGUGUCGGUGCAUGGAGAGGCUCAAGAGAGAUGGCGAUUCGGGAAUUUGUCUGCCUGAGGAGACACACUCAGACACCACAGUAGUCGUGUUGGUAACAAUCUUCGGCUUCGUCCUGACUGCACUCCUGGUGUACACAUUUUACUUAAACGUGAAACUGAAGGGGUCGACUUUUAAGAAGAUGUUGAAGCGAUCUGACACUCCUCCUACAAAUUAUGAGCAUGAUGAAAAUCUACCGCUUGUUCAUAUAAUGCGAAAUGAACACAAGGUGCCAUAUGGAGUUCAGAGGAGCAAUGAUAGCAGCGAUACAAUGCAACUCAUUCAAGAGAACAAAGAGAAUAUCAAGGCCUGGAUCGGAACGGAUCCCUCGGCUUUCCUGGAGCAUCUCAACGGCCUCAAUUUGAUUCCACGGCGUGUUCAUCAAGCGGCUGUCAACAAGGGCGGAGAGGAGAGUGUGGAGCUCGUGAUGGACCACUUCAUCAGCCAGGGAGAGUCGGGCUGUGAGAAACUGUGGGACGCCCUCUACUCUGUGAGGAAGCAAUACGUGCAGCUGUGGAAGUGGAUUCAGAAACACGGCGAGGCAUUGAGGGCCAUUCGAGAUAAGGAGUCGGAUCUGAAGCUGUGGAUUUCCAGAGACCCCAAUCAUCUUCUGCUGCAGCUGAUGAGCCGAGGACGAAUCUCGAACGAGCUCUUCACUGAAGCCAAGGGCAUCCGGGAUGGCGCGGAGGGCGCGCAGCUGCUGCUCAAAUACUUCAUAGAGAGAGGGAACGAUGACUGCCUCAAGCUUCUGUUUGCUCUGCAAGCCGUGCAGGACCGUUAUCCUGGAGUCAAGGAGUGGCUGGGAGGCCUUGGCUUCCUCAGGAGACUCUCCAACAAGUCCCACGUGGUUCUGAACAGCUACAGCGACUUUGUCCUCCGGGACAAAAUCCGCUUCAACACGAGGGAGCUGCUCAUGGCGCUGCGGGACGACCUGACGCCUCUGCUCUCCCAACUACAGAUCAGGAACAUACUCACCGACAACAGUGUGCGGGAAGUGAAAGGAAUGCAAGCUCGGCAAGGCAGCGAGAAGGCGACGCAGCACAUGGUGGAGUUGGUGAUGGCGAGGGGGCGACCCAGGGUCAAGCAAUUCUGGGAGGCGCUGUGGGACCUCAGGGAAAGUUACCCAGACCUGAAGGACAUCUUUGAUAAAUUCUAAUGGAUGGAACCAGAAAGAGAGGAAGACCUAACAGAGAAUGGCUUGACGACGACAUCAUAACGAGAUUGGUGCCAGAAAGAUGUGACCACUACUUGAGCAGAUUGACACUACAAGACAGAGAGAGGAAAUUGGAAACAACAAAUCUUGAUUCAAAGCUUUCGUGACGGCAGAAAUUCAUACUCUCUGGGUCUUUCGGUAAAGUCACGUAAAUAGAAUAAUAAUAUUUUUAUUCUAUCUACGUGACUUUACCGAAAGACCCGGAGAAAUAUAAUAAUAAUAUUUUUAUUCUAUCUACUUGACUUUACCGAAAGACCCAGAGAGUAUGAAUUUCUGCCGUCACGAAAUAGAAUAAUAAUAUUUUUAUUAUAUCUACGUGACUUUACCGAAAGACCCAGAGAGUAUGAAUUUCUGCCGUCACGAAAUAGAAUAAUAAUAUUUUUAUUCUAUCUACGUAACUUUACCGAAAGACCCAGAGAGUAUGAAUUUCUGCCGUCACGAAAUAAAAUAAUAAUACUUUUAUUCUAUCUACGUGACUUUACCGAAAGACCCAGAGAGUAUGGAAACAACAAAUCAUGAAAUGUGCAGAGGACCACCUCCUACGACGGGGCUAUCUGUCCAUGGAUCAUGAUGAUGAUGUAUGAGUUGUGGUGCAGUGGUUAUCGCACUGCACUAACCAUGGUGGCCUAGUAUGCAGGAGGAUGAUGGUUCCAUCCGGACCCUGACGAUGCCUGCUGUUCUAUAUUUGUAGUUUCCCGUGUUGGAUUUUUAUCCCAGUUCACGUUUAUAAUUAACGUCACGCAUUAUUUGGCUCCUGCUAUAAAUUUCGACGUGAUAAUAUUAGCCUCUUCGUUGAGCUAACAUUUGUGGUAGCCAGAUUUUUUUCUGAAAAAGAGCUACACAGCUCAGUGGGGCCUUAACCUGGUAAAAUUAAAAUUAGUUUAGUAUUUUUUUGUCGUUAUAUAUGAUUGUUUGCUUAUAACUGUGAAGUAAUGUGUUCAACUAAAAGUGAGAUUUAUCUUACAUUAUUUAGAGUGACAUGGCUAUGGUACAGUCUAGCAAGGUAUUUAUUGGCACUCACCAACAAUCAUGAGAGGGAAUAUUUUUUAUGAAAUACUAGCUGUACUACCCGGCUUCGCCCGGGACUUGUAUCCACCACGGCCGGCCGCCUUUGUCUCCCCAGUGGCGAUGUUAAUACGCCACACCAGUUACUCGUUUUGCGGCUGAGUCCCUCCCUCACCACUCUCCCUCCCUCACCACUGUCCCUCCCUCAUCACUCUCCCUCCCUCACCGCUCUCCCUCCCUCACCACUCUCCCUCCCUCACCACUGUCCCUCCCUCACCACUCUCCCUCCCUCACCACUGUCCCUCCCUCACCACUCUCCCUCCCUCACCACUCUCCCCCCCUCACCACUCUCCUUCCCUCACCACUCACGCACGGCCGCCUUUGUCCCCCCAGUGGCGAUGUUAAUACGCCACACCAGUUACUCGUUUGAGGCUGAGUCGACCUAGGGGAGGUUCAAAUAAUCGUCACCGGUGGUGGCCGUGAGCGGGAAUGGAACUCGGUUCGCCGGGUUUGUAGCGCAGCGUAGCGUUAACCACUACACCCACCGCUCCUCACACACCACACACGCACAGACACACACACAGACACACACACAGACACACGCAGACACACACAGACAGAGAGACACACACACACAGACAGCACGCUAACCACUACACUACCGCUCCCCACACACCACACACGCACACACACAGACACACACACAGACACACACACACAGACACACACACACAGACACACACACAGACACAGGCAGCACGCUAAGCACUACACUACCGUUCCUCCUACACAACACACGCGCGCGCGUACACAUACACGCGUUUGCUGCAGACACACACGACUUUCAGGGUGCGUACGGCAGUAAACGACUGAAAUAAUAAAACGGCAAUACUGCGCAAGGAACUCCUUAGACCUGCAACACAUUUGUGUAAUGCGAGCGUAAACACACAAAUACAUACAAACACAUACACAAUACACACACACAUACAUGCAGACACACAGACAGACACAUAACACACAUACAUACACACACAUACAUACACAGAAACACAUACACACAUACAUAGACACACACAUACAUACACACAAACACAUGCACACACGUACAUACAUACAUACAGACACGCAGACAUACACAUAAAGACAUAGAAAAAAACGCACAUACAUGCACACACACACAAACACAUACACAUACAUACAUACACACAUACAUACAGACACACAGACAUACACAUACACACAUACACAUGACCCGGCUUCGCCCGGGACUUGGAUCCACGAUGCCCGGCCGCCUUUGUCUCCCCAGUGACGAUGUUCACACACGACAGCAGUUACGCGUUUGAGGCUGAGUGGACCUAGGGGAGGGCCAGGUCCGUUUCAAAUAAUCGUCAGCGGUGGUGGGCGUGAGUUGGAAUCGAACUGGGGUCGCUCAACCAGCUUAAUGACUAUUUGUACAAAGAACAUAUAAAGAAUCGAUUAUAAUAACCAGGCUACAGUCCACAUUAUAAACUGCCAGUACACGCAGUCAGCUUCAUAAGCAGGCUAGAGUGUACAUGAUAGAGUGGCAGUACGCUCACCGAGCUUAAUAAGCAGGCUACAGUCUACAUGAUAGACUGGCAGUACGCUGACCCAGCUUAAUGACUAUUUGUACAGUGAACAUUUAAGUAAUCGAUUGUUGGCGCGUUGGGUUUAAAAGUAAUAUUAAUUGCACACAUUGUGGUGGGGGUGGAGUGAAGAGUAGGAAAAACUUUGCUGAAUUUACCUCAGAGUGGCGUGGUGGGUGUCGAGGCCUAGUAGCGUGCAGAGCCUGCGGCCUCGCCUAAAUUGUCCACCCGGCAGAGGCAGGGUACGGGUGGCGUUCCUUCCCCCCCCCUAGCGCUCCAACAAUAUUGUGUAAUGGCUAUUAUUUAAUUAUUUACGGAGCCUAUGAAAGUGGCGAAGGCGUGGCUAGCCGUUGGCAGGGGCAACCGCCGUCCAAUGAAACUGCAGCCUCUGGCGAAGGCGUCGCUAGCCGUUGCCAGUUCCAAUGAAAGCGGCGAAGGCGUCGCUAGCCGUUGCCAGGGGCAACCGCCGUCCAAUGAAAGUGCGUAUGGUCCGAAAUCCACACACACACACACACACAGACGGACAGACAGACAUUCACGAUUUUAUAUAUAUAGAUUUUGUGUACCGACGUGACUUUACCGAAAUAACCAAAGAGUAUGGAUUCCUGCAGUCACGAAAGCUUAAAAUCAAUAUUGGUCUAUGAACGUGCAGUGUUUGUGUGCAUUGUGUUUGUUAUUGUAACGUUCUGACCCUGUGCCCCGACUGGACUUCUGGUGAGAUGUUAACUACCUCGCCUUGUAUAUAGAAGAUUGUGGGUUUAUUCCUGACCCUGACGAUGCCUGCUGCUGUAUAUUUGGAGUUUGUGUGUGUCUCUCUCUCUCCAUGGUGGUCGCGUGGAUUUUUUUCCGGGUCCUCCGUUUUUAAUAAAUAGUAGUUUUAUCUGUGAAAAAACAGCUGUAGAGCUCAUCAGAUUCGAUAAUUGGUUCUUUACCCUUCUAUCCUUCUAUCUGGCAACAAAACUGACACCUUUUUUGUUGCCAGAUAGAAGGGUAAAGAACCAAUUAUCAUAUUUUUACUGGCAAAUGAGGUCCCCAUAGUCUCAUCAGAUUCCUUCUGAAUUAUAAAUAUUGUAAAUCGAGUCAGGUUAUUGACAAGUCCUUUGCAAUAACCAGAUGUUGCUGAUACAUACAGCUAACGUGCGUUGUCUUAUGCGGUACUGUACAUUAAUAAAAUGUGAUCACUUUCUAUAA